CACACCGAGAGUUUCUCGGGAAAGUAGGAUACGGAAGUAAGGUGUAAGGUACAUCGAUACAUUUAUACCUGUGAAUGUUGUUGAACUAAAAAAAGAAUUAUACUUCACAUUACGGUAAGGACAGUCGUUUGGAAACGUACAGAGGAACCUUUUCAACACCUGUUUUGGUGUCAUGUCGCGGCACCGGAGACAGGCCAGCAUCGAACUCCUGGAGUUGAUGGGAGUGGUGCAGGAGAACGGGUGCCGUUCUGAAAGUCCCGAGUCGCCAUCGCUACCACCGCUGCGUCCAUCACUAUCCUAUGACUAUGUCCUGGUGGGUAAGGUAAAGGAUGACAAAAAGAAAAUGAAGUUGCAAGAGGCCUUCAUCCACAAACUCAAAGAGAAGAACCUGAAUAUCAAAAGAAUCGAAGACGAUUCCCUUGUCUUCUACGGGAUCCAAGCCCCAAAGGAAGUCUUUGAGAAGUACAGGUACCUACUGAGGGUGUCUGAUGCCUGCAACUGGAGUGAACAGCAGGAAACUGUCCCUCUUUCCACCAGGAUCCGUAUAGUUCACUACAUCCUGAACCAUGUUGUCCUCGAUACAAAAGAGAAUCUGUGGGCGCUUCUGAACAAGGGAGUGUUUGAAGCUAAAUUCUGCCUGCAUGAGAGGGAGAGCCAGAAGGACCUGACUGAGAAAUGGGCCAGAUGGACAGCCAUUCACAAGGGACAACCCAUAGAUAAUAUCAGAAACUACUUUGGAGAGAAGGUGGCGCUCUACUUCCUGUGGUUGGGCUGGUACACGUUGCUGUUGGUUCCUGCCGCGAUAGUGGGCAUCAUCGUCUUCCUCUACGGCCUGGCCUUCUUCAACACCUCACCCCUCAUAAAGGAGGUGUGCGAGUCUGAAACUGUCAUGUGCCCGCUGUGUGACAAGAGAUGCAAAGUGUGGCAACUCAGCGAUACCUGCCUCUAUGCAAAGGUCAGCCUCCUGUUUGACAACGAGGGGACGGUAAUGUUUGCAAUGUUCAUGGCAGUGUGGGCCACCGUGUUCCUGGAGUUCUGGAUGCGACAUCGGGCUUCCUACACGUGUGAAUGGAAAGUGUUUGACUGGUGUGAGGAAGAGGAGGAGCUGAUCUUGGAUAUUGUGAGCGAUCCAGAUUGUCGGCCCAAGGAACACAAGCACUCCUACCUUCGCAGCACAGCAGUUCUGAUCAUGGUCACGCUCAUGUUGCUGCUGAUCAUCGGAUUGGCCCAGGGCCUGGUGUUGUUCCGGGUGUUCACCACAGUGAAGCUGGCUGAAGGAAAAUGGGAUUUCCUUAGCGACAACGCCAACACAGUUGCUAUGAUGCUAGGAGCUGUGAUACACUUCUUGACAAUCACUGUUAUGACAAAGGUCAACAAGAUUGUGUCGCAGAAACUCUGUGCAUUUGAGGAGACUCAGUCAUUCGCUGCUCAUGAAAGAAGCUUCACCAUCAAGAUGUUCACCUUCCAGUUCUUCACCCUAUUUUCCUCUCUGUUCUACGUUGCCUUCUUUCUGGGCAGGAUAAAUGGACACCCUGGUGGCUAUGUGCGUUUAUCUGGGAAGUGGAGACUGGAGGAGUGUCACCCCAGUGGCUGCCUCACAGACCUUUUCAUCCAGAUGGCCAUCAUCAUGGUGCUCAAACAGACCUUCAGCAACGUUGUAGAGUUCGGAGGCCCCUGGUUUAACAGGUGGCUUAGGAAGCAUCGGACAGAGACGCUUGAGAGGACGUGUAGCCAAAGAUGUCACCAAAACACCAAUCCGGGAGCGAGGAUGUGUGAUGACUGCAAGCUAGACGAUUGGCUAAGGAACUAUCGCCUCAACGACGUGGACUCCUUCAGCCUCUUCAAUGAGUUCCUGGAGAUGGUUAUCCAGUUCAGCUUCACCACCAUCUUUGUGGCCGCCUUCCCCUUGGCCCCUCUGCUGGCCCUCAUCAACAAUGUCUUCGAGAUACGCCUCGACGCCAUCAAGAUGGUCAGCCUGGAGCGCAGGCUGGUGCCCAAGAAAACCAAUCAUAUCGGCGUGUGGACGGAAGUGUUACAAGCUAUCGGCGUGUUGGCAGUCAUAGCCAACGGUCUUGUCAUCGGGAUAACUUCGGAUUUCAUCCCGCGCCUGGUCUACCGCUACGUCUAUGGACCAUGCGCCAAUGGCACCGUCACCGACGUGGACUGCAUGGCCGGGUACAUUAACAGCACUCUGUCGGUGGCUAACAUGACCGACGAAAACAUCAUCAAGGACUUCUCCCGUGACCAGAUGGUGACGCACAGCGGACAGAUUGUCUUCAGCUGCAGUUAUAAAGACUACAGAAAUAAUACGGACCACAGUUUAACUUCACAGUUUUGGCUCAUACUGGCUGUGCGCUUUGCUUUCGUCAUCCUGUUUGAGCACGUCGUGGUCAUAUUUAAGUUUAUAACAGCGUGGUUUGUUCCCAGUGUUCCGUUGGACGUAAAGAAUAAGCGGCUCAUAGAUAAACUCGACAGGCUCAAGGAAGAGCUCAGGUCUUCAAAUGUAUGACAACUGAUGACAAUGUUUGGAGCACUCUAACUAUGAUGUCUGAAGAAGAAAAUGGUUAGGUCAGAUGGAUUUUUUUUGGGAAAUGCUCUCAUGGCCAUGUAUUCUUUGUUUUUAUUGGUUGUUUUGUGUCACGUGACUGAAUGCAGGCUUUACAUUAUUUCUGGUUUGUUUCAAAUAUGCUAUAUUAUGAAACCUCAGAUAACAUGUGUAAACAUGUAUUUAGUAGUGUGUGCUGGAUUUCUAGUACAAACACUAGAGGAACGAAACAAGUGUAUGAAAAAAAGAGACAGAUAAUCUGGAAGACCCUCACGGAAUGUCAGAACUGAUGUCAAAACUGAGCUAAAGGACCAGUAGGUGCCCGGGAGUCUUGACAGAAGUAUAGUUUUUUUUUGUAAAAAAAAAUGUUUUACACUGAUUGAAAUUAUAUUUUGUUAACUUGUUUACCACUAAGUACAGGCAUAUUGGACCUGUGACAGAUUAGCGGCCUACACUGCCGUGCAAAUGUACAUCAAUCCGCGUCUUGCUACCGAAACUUCUGUGUUCUUCUACUCAAUGGGCCAUUCUGGCUACUUUACAUAAUACAUUUUGAAUGUUAUUUGAAUGUCAGUGAUGUUUUUUCGCCAAUAUAUUUAGAUAUUUGUUUUCUGAUAUUGAUUAUGAUAUCAUAUUUUGUUUUGGUAGCCUGUGUUGUGGACAGAAAAUUUCUAUUUUUUUAAUUCUAAGCACCGAGAGAAGACGUAACAUUUAUUUGAUUUACUACCAAUGAGCGUGGUGUAACCGAAACACAUUAACGACUGUAAACUGAAUCAAAUGACUUUUUUAUCUGUCAAUUGCACUUUCGGUCAAGUAUAUAAUUUCAUUCGUUUUCUCAAUAAAAAGAACAUGACCAGGCUCACGGCUCUGUGGGAGUAUUAUUACUGUAAACAUGUUUGACAACUUCAGAAAGGUUCCUUGAACAGAUCAGAGUUGUGUGGACAAGCAUAGGUUUGAAGAGCAGGUGUUUCAUAAGGGAGAGGAGGGUCCUUA